UAAGUUAAGUGUUUGCGAGUAUAUUUGUAUUGUAUCGUCAGGCAAUAGCUGUCAUGUGAUUGGUUGAAAGGCAAAAGCGCGCUGACGUCACACGCCAUCCGGAAGUAGCGGCCCGCAGGGCGACAAGAAGAAAGCGGAAGCUGUUCAAAAGUAGUAAAAAUGGCUCUUGGAGACUGUUGGAAGAACUUGUCGUGGUUCUAUCGCCAGUAUCUCCUGGUGACGGCUCUCUACAUGCUGGAACCUUGGGAGAGGACCGUCUUCAACUCCCUGCUGGUCAGCGUGGCGGGCAUGGCGGUGUACACGGGCUACGUGUUCAUGCCGCAGCACAUCAUGGCCAUCAUGCGCUACUUUGAGAUGGUCCAGUCGGGCGGCGCUGACCUCUGACCUAGAUGCGCCACGCCUUCUCCGUGGAAUUACCCGGCGGUCAGAGGUGAGGUUGGGUGCGGUCGCCAUGUUGGACUUUUUUUGGGGAUCCUCGGCCAUGUUGGAUUUUAAAUAAAAAGACGUUCUUGGUUUCUUUUCACUUAGUUUUUUCCUCACAUUCUAGAGCACCUUCUUUCUUUCUUUUUUACCGAGGAGCGUCACGGACUCUUUCACGGACCAAUCAUGACUUUGAAAAGUAGGAUUGGGGACCCUCUCGUUGCUCAUUGACAGCGUCCACAAGGAAACAAAAAUAAAUGUUAUAUUUUUGAAAUAAUAGA